ACUCUACAAGUGUAUCAUGAUAAGGGAUGUGGUGUGAAAUACUGCACUUCAAUCUUGUUAACUUAAUAAUCAAUUUUAAAAAGGGUGAUGGUAUCUACACAUCCUCUAAAAUUUUUGUACAUCCUUCAAUAGAAACCAUAUAGGCCAAUACGCUUCCCAUAGGGUUUGAAGCAUUAAAUGCGACACCAAUAGGAAGCGUAUUGGGCAAUACGGUUCCUAUUGGUACAGUAUUCUCUGACGCGCACGCAGUUCAAAACUAUACAGGUCUGAAAAGUGACCCAAUAGGAAGCGUAUUGCCCAAUACGAUUCCCAUAAGUUUAUAGGAAGCGUAUAGGGCAAUACACUUCCCAUAGGGCUUGGGUUGGUAAACGUAUUAAAUCAAUAGGAAACGUAUUGGGCAAUACGAUUCCUAUUGGUAUAAUAGGAAGCGUAUGGAGCAAUAUGGUUCCCCUAGAGCCAAAGUAUAGGAAGCGUAUGGGGCAAUAUGGUUCCCCUGUUCCCCUAAUCUGAAUCCUUUUUAUAAAAAUGUGUCAAAAAACAUUUAUACAUUAUUUGUAUAACUUAAAUUCUUUUCAUUUUAAAUUUGCAGAUAUGGCGUCUGAGAUGGAUGGCGCGGGAGAUUUCGAUCCAUGGGCCGGUGACGAUUGUUCGCGAUAUCCAUAUAUGAUAUACCCUUCCCAAAAGUAUGAAGCGAAACGGUUCAAUAAACUUAGGGAGAUGAAGGUGGGUGCAUGAGAGGGAUACAUUGGGAUUCGUUAGAGACAUGUGGGGUGGCGGACACUGUUCGACAGGUUAUCGGGCAGGAUAGCCUGUGGGAUCGUUUAUUUCGAAUAGGAGCCGCACCAUCUUAUCGUCCAUUGAUGGUGGAGUUUCUCUCCACAUUCCGCUAUAGACCUCGACCGGAUGAUCAGUCGAACUCGGAUUUUGAUGAUCCGAACUUGCCGGACCCAUCACCCGAGAUCACAUUCCGUCUGUUCGGCGAGGUAUUUGAGAUGUCGCUUCGUCAAUUUGUCGUCGCCACCGGAUUUUACACAGACGAGGAGUUUGUCUAGGCCGUGUAUACCACGGCUAUCGAUCGUAUGCCCAAGGAUGAGUUGAUUGCCUGGUGGCCCACCAUCGGUGAAGGUCCAUACACCAAGGCGGAGGAGGUCCGAUCCUCGGAGAUUCGCGACCCAGCCCCUCCCGUCCAUGCAGCCUUACGACCCGUCCUAUACUCAGCCCGACCUUUCCUUGCCACAUUUUCCUCGGUCCGACCAGACCAUGCCGCUCUUUCCUUUGUCCGACCUUUCCAUGCAGGCUUCAGGCACGUCCUAUACAGUAUACACGGCACAGCCCGUCACCCUCUACUAGGCGUGGCCCGGACUUUACAGAGGAGGAGCUCGCUGAGUCUGACGAGGAGUCUGGCGAGUAUUGAUGAUGAUAGUGGUUUUUAUUAUCAUAUUAUGUAGUACUGU